AUGCACCGCUUCCUCAGCAAGAAGAAGAUCCGCCACCGCAUCUUCAUCCUCAACCAAGUGGAUCAUUUCAGGUUUAACAGAGCAUCCCUGAUCAACGUGGGCUUCCUGGAGAGCGGCAACGACACCGACUACAUCGCCAUGCACGACGUGGAUCUCCUGCCCCUCAACGAGCACCUGGACUACAGCUUCCCCGAGGCAGGGCCCUUCCACGUGGCAUCCCCCGAGCUGCACCCGCUCUACCACUACAAGACCUACGUGGGUGGCAUCCUGCUGCUCACCAAGCAGCACUACGAGCUGUGCAAUGGGAUGUCCAACCGCUUCUGGGGCUGGGGACGGGAGGACGAUGAGUUCUAUCGACGUAUCAAAGGAGCUGGUCUCCAGGUCCGUCGUCCCUCUGGAAUCACAACUGGAUACGAGACUUUCCAGCACCUGCACGACCCAGCCUGGAGGAAGAGAGACCAGAAGCGCAUUGCUGCACAGAAACAGGAGCAGUUCAAGGUGGAUCGGGAGGGAGGCCUGAACAACGUGAGGUACCGAAUCGAGUCACGCACGGAUCUGAGCGUGGCAGGAGCCCCUUGCACUGUCCUCAAUGUCCUGCUGGACUGUGACAUGAACGAGACCCCGUGGUGCACGUUUGGCUGA